GUACUGUUACCAUGGAGAGCGUGACAGGCAGGGAGACAGACAGUCAGACAGACAGACAGACAGACAGACAGACAGACAGACAGACAGACAGACAGACAGGCAGAUAGACAGAUAGAGAUAGACAGACAAACGGAGAAAGAAUAACAGCUAGAGACAUAGAGGCUGAAGACGUGUUUCUAGCGGAUGGGAGAAUCGAGGGAGUGUUUGUGUUUGUGAAGCGGGAGGAAGGGUGUUGUUUGCUGGGUGGAGCUGAGACUGACCAGUCUGUUGGCAGAUCGCUAUCUUCUUUUCUCCGUCUCCUCUUCACCCCCUGUCUACGCCGACCAUUGAAAUCUCUUUUCUUUCUGCUCAACAAAGACGGUAGGAGACCAUCGCCUGGUGCAUCUCCUCCGCCGUCUCGACUGUUGUGUCGCGGUUUGGCUCGGAGGCUUCGGGAGGACGAGGAGGAGAAGAGGAGGAGGAGGAAACGAUAGGAGGAGAACAGGAGGAGAACAGGGAUGUCUCGGAGGCGAAGCCAGCCGCACUAGAUGUUGUCUCACUGCCCCAGAAUGAGCGUAGCGCUGCAGGAUCUGCGGAACACAAUGUCCAGCUAUAAACGUGCUACCUUUGAGGAAGAGGAGGCUUCAGAUCUUCCUCGGGAUGGAAGCCCAUCGCCUGAAGGUGUCGAGGUGGGCUUCAGGAAGGGCUCCCUGGGGGGUUGGACCCAGCUGGAGGUCUGGCUGGCUGCUCUGCUCCUCGUCUCAGUCCUGCUGCUGCUCCUCACCCUCACCCUGGGACUAACACAGAGCCCAGAUGGGAGCAAGGAGCUGUGUCUCUCGGAGGCGUGCGUGAUGCUGGCGGGGCGGAUGGCGGAGGCCAUGGACCGCCAGGCGGACCCCUGUCAGGACUUCUACCAGUACGCCUGCGGGGGCUGGACCCGCAAGAACCCCCUCCCCGACGCCCGCUCCCGCUGGUCCACCUUCAACAGCCUCUGGGAGCAGAACCAGGCACUGCUCAAACACAUCCUGGAGAACGGGACAUUUAACGGGACCAGUGAAGCGGAGAGGAAGACCCAGUCCUACUACCUGUCCUGUCUGAACCAGCCCCGCAUAGACCAGCUUGGGGCUCAGCCUCUCAUAGACCUAAUCACCAAGCUGGGGGGCUGGAGUAUAACAGGUAGGUGGGAGAAGGACAAUUUCAUGGAAGUUCUGAAGCUGCUGUCCGGACCGUACAGAGCCCAGCCCUUCUUCUCCCUGGGAGUCAGCACGGACCCCAAGAACUCCAACAGUAACGUCAUCCAGGUGGAACAGUCUGGUAUUUUCCUCCCAUCCAGAGACUACUACCUUAAUAAGACAGCCAAUGAGAAGGUGUUGGAUGCGUAUCUGGAGUACAUGGUAGAGCUGGGCCUACUGCUGGGAGGGAGCAGGAACUCCACGGAGCAGGAGAUGAGGCAGAUCCUGGAGCUGGAGACGGCUCUGGCUAACAUCACCGUCCCUCAGGACCAGAGGAGAGACGAGGAGAAGCUCUACCACAAGAUCACUAUCGCUGAUCUACAGGUCCUUGCUCCGGCCGUGGACUGGCUGGACCUCCUGUCCUCGUCCCUCUCUCCUCUGGAGCUGAACGACACUGAGCCGGUGGUCAUCUACACCAGAGAGUACCUGGUGGAGAUGUCUCAACUCAUCGCACGCACUGACCGCAGUCUGCUGAAUAACUACAUGAUUUGGACAUUGGUGCAGAAGGGCGUCGCUAGCUUGGACCAGCGGUUUGAGAACGCCCAGGACAAACUGCUGGAGAGUCUGUACGGAACCAAGAAGUCGUGCACGCCGCGGUGGCAGACGUGCAUCGGCAACACCGACGACACCAUGGGCUUCGCCCUGGGGGCGCUGUUUGUCAAGGAGACCUUCGACAGGAACAGCAAAGGAAUCGCAGAGCAGAUGAUAAAUGAGAUCCGGACUGCAUUUAAAGAAUCUUUGGACCAGCUGAGCUGGAUGGACCCUGACACAAGAGAGGCAGCCAAAGACAAGGCUGAUGCCAUAUACGAUAUGAUCGGCUUCCCAGACUUCAUCCUGGACCCCAAAGAGCUUGAUGACGUCUAUGAUGGGUACGAGGUCGGGGAAGAGAGUUUUUUCAACAACAUGUUUAAUUUCUACAACUUCUCAUCCAGAGUGAUGUCAGAGCAGCUGAGGAAGAGACCCAGCAGAGACCAGUGGAGUAUGACUCCGCCCACGGUCAACGCCUACUAUAUGGCCACCAAGAACGGAAUCGUGUUCCCAGCUGGGAUCCUGCAGGCUCCGUUCUACUCACACGACCAUCCCAAGGCGUUAAACUUUGGAGGGAUUGGCGUUGUGAUGGGUCAUGAGCUCACUCACGCCUUUGACGACCAGGGCCGAGAGUAUGAUAAGGAAGGGAACAUGCGUCCGUGGUGGCAGAACUCCUCCCUGCAGUCCUUCCAGCAGCGCACCGAGUGCAUGGUGGAGCAGUACAGCCGCUACACUGUCAACGGGGAGAAGGUCAACGGGAGGCAGACCCUGGGGGAGAACAUCGCAGACAAUGGAGGACUGAAAGCUGCUUACAAUGCCUACCGGUCGUGGGUUCGACUCAACGGAGAAGAGAAGAGACUUCCAGCUGUUAACCUGACUAAUGACCAGCUGUUCUUCUUGGGGUUUGCUCAGGUGUGGUGCUCGGUGCGGACCCCAGAGAGUGCUCACGAGGGGCUGGUGACGGACACCCACAGUCCUCCCAGGUACAGAGUCAUCGGCACGCUCUCCAACUCCCAGGACUUCGCUCAUCAUUUCCAGUGUCCGGUCGGGUCGCCCAUGAACUCUGGGAGCCGCUGCGAGGUCUGGUAGGACGCCACAGACACUCCUGGCCCCGGGGAGGAGGCCAGGGCAGAAGGAGGAGGAGUGUGUUGCCGACUAAAGGGUGUCAUGUGGACUUGUACUCUCCUAGAAGAGCGACAUGGACUAAGUGUGUUGUUGUGUUCUUUUGUGUUUCUGUGUUGCGUGUCUUCUGUAGGUCAGGCGGUCUGGCCUCUAAGAUAGCUUUUCUUCUCUUGACAUCACAUGUUUUCUCUGUGAAUAUUGACGCUAUGCCCUUCAUAGCGAUACUAUCGUAACAUAAACAGCAUUGUGAAUAUUUGAAGUUAUGUCCUUCUUAGCGAUUACAAUCGUAACAUUAACAGCAUUGUGAAUAUUGAAUGCUAGCACUGCAGCAUUGCAGUUACCUAGCAACAGGAGUACAGAUGCUAGUACUAGUAACCUAGCAACAGUACUAAUGAUGCUAGUACUGGUUAACUAGCAACAGGAGUAAAGAUUCUAGCACCAGUUACCUAGCAACAGGAGUAAAGAUGGCUGAUGCUAAAUAUUGAAUGUCCCAAGUGGUCAGCUAAUUUAUCUGCGAAAAUAAACAUCUGUUUAAAUAGUCAAA